UUAUCUGUUUACUGCAUACAUUUACAUGUUUUUAUUGAUAAUAUUAAUUGCUGUUUAAAUUCAAAACUUUUCUUAGUAAAUAAUAUGCAUAAUUAACCUGUUGAAAUAUGGCAGAUCUCAAAAUAUGUAGGAUAUGUUUACGAACUGAGUGUAAAGUGUUCAAGAUUGAUCAAUUUCAACUCAAAUCUUAUUAUGAAGAAGUUAUGGCAUUAAAAGUAAAUGACAAUGAUGUGCUGCCUCAUUAUUUCUGCUACGAAUGUGCAACAAUGCUGCACAAGUUCCACAAAUUCAAGGAGAAGUGUUAUUGCGGACAAAAAGCUCUCAGAGAAAUAUUAUGGAGAGGCCCGAUAACCUAUGAAACCAUUUAUAAAAUUGACCGAAAUGCCCGACACUUACAAUCAUCUUUAGAAAUAAUGACUGUAACCGACCAAGUUCAAUCAUUCACUGUCAUAGAACCUGAAGAUGCGCCAGAAAACCAAAGAGAUAUAGAAAAUACCACAAUCUGUGCCAGCCAUAAGACUGAUUUAAGUCCAAAUAGUCCGACAUCAGUAUUCAUAGAUAUUAAGAAAGAAGUAAUCAAGUUAGAGAAUAAGAAAAUAGAUGAGCGAAGAAAGAGCAAAGACUUUGAACUUGACACUUGGAAGACUAAAAGCAGUAGACGCACGAGGUAUCUGGAUGCUAGUAAUUGGAAGAAGUGUAGUAUGACAGAAGAAGAGGCAGUUAAAGAGUUCAGGGAGAGGGCCGAGGAUCCAAAGUAUUUGAAAGCUAAUCACAAAUGUCAGGAUUGCUUCAAGGGGUUUUCAAAAAAGGAAAUGUUGAGUCGACAUCUGCAGUUGAGACACAGUGAGUCGCUGGGGCCGUUCUCAUGCCGGCUGUGCCGCAUGCGCUUCAAAUGGGAGUCCCACCUGCGCGCGCACCUUCGCCAGCACUUCACCGAGUACCGCUGCCGCCGCUGCUCCUUCGUCUGCAACCUUGAAAAUUCAGCUCUACUGCACGAAGAAUAUCACAGUGGAAUAACAAGAAAAUGUAUUCAUUGUGAAGAAGAAUUCAGACACGCGUCGACGUACUACACGCACCUGCGCACGGCGCACCGCAGCGCGCACGUGUGCGCGGCGUGCGGCGCGUCCUUCGUGAGCGCGGCCGGCCUGCGCCAGCACGCGCAGCUCAAACACAAACACGACGGUGUUUUCGAGGAUAGCGGUGACGACUCGGAGGUGGAAACGUACUGCGAGCGCUGCGACAUCCGCUUCGAGACCCCGAAGGCCUUCGAGGAGCACAAGUUCCACUCCGUGCUGCACUCGGAGGGCGUCGAGCAUGAAUUGCAAGACGAGAUUGCAAUACCUAGAAAAGUCCUCGGCAAACGACUUCGGGCUAAAAUAACAAAAGAAUUGAGGAAGAGAGAACCGGAAGAAGAGCAGAUUACCGCUUCAGACACGAAACGUCGGAAAAAGAUGAAAAGAAAACGUCGGAAACCUACCACAUGUCAUCAGUGUGGUAAACACUUCGAGACACAAACAGCGUGUAUGCAACACCACCUACGUCAUCACCCGCGCACCUCCUUCUACCCCGACGCCGAGCGGCACAUCUGUGAGAUCUGUGGCGCCUCUCUCGCGCCGGGCAGCGUGGCGGUGCACCAAAAUAUGCACACGCGGAGCACCGUGUUCCCGUGCGACAGCUGCGGCCGCCAGUUCCACUCCAGCGUCGGCCUCAAGCGCCAUCUAGUGACACACACGGGUGAAAAGCCGUUCCAGUGCAGCCUCUGCGACAAGCGCUUCACGCAGAGCAACAGCAUGAAGCUGCACUACCGCACCUUCCACCUCAAGCAGCCCUACCCAAAGAGGAACAGACGAAAGAAGAAACAAGAAGAGGCCCCUGAGACCGUAGACCUGGAGUCCAACUCGUCGAGCCUGCCGUCGCCGGGGCCGGGGCCGGGGCCGGGGCCGGGGCCGGGGGGGCCGGGGCCGGGGCCGGGGGGGCCGGGGCCGGGGCCGGGGGGGCCGGGGCCGGGGCCGGCGGCCGGCGCGCCGCCGCAGCCCGCCGCGCGGCCCGUGCCGGCGCCGGCGGAGCCCCCGCACGACCACGUGCACUACCUCACACUUGACUAGAUUUUUUGAAGUGAAAACUUCUUUAGCGGCGCUGUGCACUUGUGAUGGGAAACAUUUAUACGCAGUGAAGUGAACAAAAGUGUGACGCACCUUAAAAUUACAUCUUUUAGAGACCAAAAGUCUUCGACAACGCCGGCUUCCGACCCGUCGUGAGAAGCCCAAGCGAUAUCUUACCGUACAAAUCUUUCUGCCAUUUUUUGCGGGGGGAAACGUGCACACAGUCGCACUUCUCACUCACUACAUACAAAUUCCAAUCUGUAAUGACGACACAAAUACAUAGAAAAUGACACGUCAAAGACAAAUCUUGCACACCUCGAUCUCUUUUUGUGUACGGACGAGUCACAACAUGCACCGCCAUAGGCACAGUUGUGCCAAUGCUUUGGCAGAGGGGAAAUAGUAUGAAUGCCGUCUCCCUUCCCUAUGUUGCUCGAAGCCAAAAGUGAAGAAUAUUUAUUAAUUAAGGUGUUGUAAAUCAUUAUAUCGCUUUAUGUUAUUAAGGAG